CAUUCCUCAACUUGAGCCACCACCCAGCCCCGAACAACCACAAGAAGAGCCACAACCCGAUCCCCAACCCCCUCAAUACACCCCCUUUGAACAACAAAUGCUGGCCGGUAUACAACAACUCAAUCUUAACCAAACGGCAAUGAACACACGCAUUGAAGAUCUCUACAGUGCGUACCAAAGGGUGGAAGACGAUCAAAGACGGGCCUUCGGGCCUAUGUAUGCAUAUUUUGACCAGCAAGGGUAUUUUUCCCACAUGCCCACUCCAGUCCAACAUGCUACAUGGUAUGACCCCUCACAUUGGGGUAAUUUCGGAGGAUCUAGCUCCGGAGGAGGUGGACAAGCUGGCGGUGAUGGUGUUGACAGGGAUUUCGGAGGUGGUGAUGGCGGAUAUGGCGGCAGCUCAGACACAAACGAUGAGGAAUACCCAUAUACAGGCGAUUUUCAUGACAGCUACUAUGGUCAGGGUGGAUUCUUUGAUGGAGGAGAUGCGGGCGGGCACUAGGGGCAGUGCCAUUAACUAGCUGGGGGGGAGAAUUAUUCUGGAUCCUAAGGGUACACAUAAGGAGCAAAAGAAAAGAAACCCAAUGAUGGUGAAGACCCUUUUAUUCAUGUGUUUUGAUCAUUGAAACAUUCUUUUAUGUUGAUUUUCAAAAACACUUGUGAAUGGUUGUAAUUGCUACAAUUGUUGGUUUGGAAACUUCAUGGACAUGAUUUGUUUUACUCGAGACGAGUAAAAGUUCAAGUGUGGG